GUUGGAUGCCCAAAUAUUUAUUAGCCACGCGAAUUGUUUACAAACAAAACGCGCCAGCUGAAGCGAUCGCAAUAUAUUAACCCCCACUGCUGUCGAUCAGCUUGCUCCAUAUAAUGCCAUGCUUAUGAACGAUAUGAUAUAGUUGGCUUUUGGCGUUGUAUGGGAAAUUACGAAGCAAUUUUUCAAGGCGAUUAUCGAAAUUUUAGCAACUAAAGAAGCCAGUUGUCCGCACACAAUAAAGUCCAGAAUCCAGGGAACAUGUGCCACCAAGAGCAGUUCAAUCCGUUCUACAUCGGACCAUAUCCCGAGCGUGCCUGUGGGGAUUGUCCCUAUGGGAAGUACUCCGGCUUCACGAGAUGUGGUUGGUGUGGCGGAAACGGACCGUUCGGCACCACCUUUCCGGAUUGCCUGUGUCGAGGAGGAGGAGGUGGAGGAGGUUGUUCUGGUUGUGGACCAGACUGCAAUCCCUUUUGCAACGCUUUCUGCGGGCCACCCUGUGGUUCUUGCUGCGGAUCGUCCUGUGGGCCCUGCUGUCCUCCGUUCGGUCGAUCUCCCUGCUCAGCAGACUGCUGCGUGAUGUGCUCCAGUAGACUUGGCUGCUGUGGCCAAUCCUGUCGCAAAUCCUGCUGCUGCUGCUGCUGCUGCUGACGGCACAAUCCCCGUUCCCGUGGCAUCUGGACCUUACUGUGUGCGGUUAAUUGGUUUCUUGUACAAAAUUGAUUGUAAAUUAUGUUUAGCCCUUCGG